GCUCCGCCAAGCGCUGGAGAACAGCGAGUAGUCACUCUCAGGCAGGCGGAAGCGAACGACGUCUGACCCCAGCGAAGAAAACUUCAAUUAUGCGGUGCGCUCGCUGCGCUACUCUGGCCUGCCCAGUGGUGCUGUUUCUGCUGUCGCUCUCUCUACUGCCACUCGCUAUAAUAACCCGCCCCUGCCCUGCCUCGCCCGCUUCCUCCUCUGGCCUGUCUGCGGUCCCAGACGGGUUGUCCGUGCCUGCAGAGAGCGCCAUCAUGAGCCGUCUGUUCAGCAUGUCCGCUGUGAACGCUGUGAACAACAGUGAGCCAACCAGCGCGUCGCACCGCUAUGCCAGCUCAGCUAGCGUGGACUGGCAGGAGUAUAACAAUUGUUUGGAACAGCAGUGCAGCACGACCAUCUGCAGUGAAUGCCGGGAUGAUUGGAGGUGCAAGGCCAAGUGCAGGCACAGCUGCAAAUGCGACUGCUACGGCCUCCCGGGCAGCAGCCUCGCCACGUACGGCCUGUUCGGCAAGUGCUACUGGGAGAGGGGAUGCAGCCCCCAGCGGGAGACGUGCAGGCACAACUGCGAAUCUCACGACUGCGAGAACUCUUGCGAAAUGGACUACCUGAAGUGCUACUGCGAGUGCAGUCAACAGCUUCUCGGUGAAACCAGCGCAGAGACCGGCAGCUCAGUUGGACUUGAAGACAGUAACGGCAUCGGGAUUGCACUCAGAAGCACGAAGGGGGUUCCUCUCAUUACAACUAGGCUUGCAGCCGGGCUUACACUCCCAAUCAGUAGCACAACCGAGACUAUACUCAAUAGCACACCUGGGAUUGCACUUAAAAGCACACCUAGGGUCGUGGCCAGUAGCACAAGCACGCCUGGGCACAGCAGGACAGCCGCGUUUUCGACAAGUGGCACAACAACCGGAACCGGAGACAGUAACGCAGCUCAGACCUUUUCAAGCACUCCCAGCAGCACAAACGUCGUGCCGGGGUCUGGCAUCACAACUGUGGGUGAGCCAAGCAGUACUACCAAAUCUGCAACCGAGAAAAUUAGAGAAUUUGUUUUAUGUUACUCCGAAGAACGACGGUGCUAUGAUGCAGAGACAUGCAGUGAAUGCAAAGGCGAUUGGGAGUGUGAAGAGAAGUGCAGGACCAACUGUGUGUGCGGUUGCUACGGCAUCCCCGGGACCAGCCUACACUCGCGAGACCUGUGGUCGCAAUGCUCCGAAGACAGAGAAUGCACACGGAAACGACAGGCUUGUGAAGGCAGCUGUAGAACCGAGGAGUGUGUGGAUUCGUGCGAACUGAACUACCAGCAGUGUGACUGCGAGUGCAACCAAUUGCGCAGAAACGAGACCAGCGCUGCGAAGCACAACCAGUAUAAAAAGUACCGUUCUUGUUACUAUGACGAACAAAAGUGCAAUGAAUUAUCCUGCGCCGAAUGCGGCGAUUGGCAGUGCAAAGAAAAGUGCAAAGCCAACUGUAAGUGUGGCUGCUACGGCAUCCCCGGGACCAGCCUACACUCGCGAGACCUGUGGUGGGAGUGCUUCAAAGACAGAGAAUGCACACGGAAACGACAGGCUUGUAGAGACAGCUGUAGCAACAGCGACUGCGAGGAUUCGUGCGAAAUGAACUACCUGCAGUGCGACUGCGAGUGCAACCAAUUGCGCAGAAACGAGACCAGCAUGUGACAUCCGCUGGAAUUAUGGGUAAUCUUUUAAAUCAGACAGUCUGUCGGCAGGUUUAAACGUCGUUAUGUUUAAAAAAAUACCAUGCGACAUCCUCAAAAACCUGUAAAAACCGUAAAAUUUCAUGAAAAGAUUAGGCCUUUCCAACACAGCCAAGUACAUUUACUAGGCCAACGAAAGCGAGGCCAUUCCAAAUAAAAAAAGUGCUCCUCGUAA